AUGCUAAACGACGAACAUUCGACAGUUUCUACGCCUAGAGGAAGUUCAUCCAAACAAUCAUCUUCCGAUAGAAUAGAAACUCUCUUAUCCGAAUACAAGUUUCGUAUAGAAGCAAUAUUCGAUUAUUCUCCAGCAAGAGAUACCUUUCGUAAAUAUUUAAAGAAAGUUUGUUUAAAUGAAGAACCUUUCAUGUUCUACGAAAUGGUCGAAAACUAUCAAAAAACAAGAUUAGACAAGAAUCGUUUAGAAUUGGCAGCUGACAUUAUCAAUCAAUUUAUUGUUGUCAACUCAAAACAUGAAUUAAACAUGUCAAUGGCUAUCAGAAAUGAAAUUCUAAAACAACAUGCUCAAAUCUUGGAAAAGAAUCAAAACCUGCCAAAUUUGGAAUUAUUGACAUGUCCUUCAGAUUUAUUUGCCAAUGCUCAAGAUGUAAUUUUUACAGAAUUGAAACAAGAUAAUUUUCCAAGAUUUGUCAGAUCGAAAGAAUUUAAAAAAUUUAUCAUGAAGGAAUUUAAAAAGAAUGAAACAAUUUUUGAAAUGUUGGGAGAUAAGAAAGAUGAUGAUGGUGAGUUGAGUUUUUUUUGUAAAUUUGGAAAAUUAAUAAUGGAAAAUAUGUUUUGGAAUAAUGGAAAUAAUUGGAAAAUUGGAAAAUUGAAAUUAUUGUAA